CCGGAAAUGAGGCGCCGUCUAGCGUAAUUUUCUCGGAAAUACGCGAAACUCACAAAGGACUAAAUGGGGCAAAUUUAUCACAUAUUUCUCAGAGCUAUGGCCCCAUAAGUGUAAGUCCUCCGCGUUUGUGAGUUGCACGCUUUUAGCCCCUGCAAGAAGAUGAACGAUGCUGACCUGGUCUCGAGUGCAUACGCUGGCUACGCAGGGAACUUGGCAGGGAUUUCAGCAGGGGAAAGUCAGGGUCUUAUAGAACAACUACAGUCACUGCUGAAGUCUAAUGGUGUCCAUGGUGGUCGCAAAAUGUCCACUGACCAGAUUUCAUUUCAGUCUAUGGAUACCAGUAAUGACAGAGACGAUGGGGUUCGCCCGAGUUGUCGGUUUUGUGGGAAAACAUUCGCCCAGGCCAGCUAUAUAAAGGCGCAUGAACGGUUACACACAGGAGAGAAGCCCUACGUUUGUUCAGUUUGCAAUAAAGCAUUCAGCGAUGCAAGCAACUGGAAGAAACAUGAGCGAAUGCACUCCCGACAGAUACAAGGCACAUUUGAAGACGGCAUUGUCUCCGUAGUUACAAGUUGCCCGCCCACUCCGGAGCCACUCACUCCGGCAACUCCACACUCUCCAACCGUUGUCUCAGCACCAGGCAACCAGACUUCGUCAUCUUCAGUUACCAUGGCAACCAUGUCAUUUUCACCGUCCCCUAUUUCCGGUUUGAUGUCCCCGAUAAACAUUGGAAUGAACUCACAUCUCUCCACAUCCUUUGCGAGUGGUUUGUCUCAGCUGGCUGCAGUUUCUUCGGGUUCACCAGUUUUGCCGAGCUUUUCUGCUGAGUCUUCCCAGGCUAACAACCUCUUGUCCCAGGCACCAGUAUUCUACCAUUUCUUUCCAGGCUUAAACUCCUCCUCGCUCUCCCAGCACUCGGAGGACAGUAACGACCUUUCCCCGCCCGCCGCGAAACGUAACAAAGACGACUCGCUGAGCUGCAACCUGUGCUCCAAGACGUUUUCCACGCCUGCUUCACUCUCCAUGCACAAGAAGAUUCACUCCGGGGAGAAGCCACAUAUGUGUGGCACCUGCGGCAAGUCGUUUACGCAGAUCGGCACUUUGCGGGCGCACGAGAGAGUACAUACCGGGGAGAAACCAUACGAGUGCACUAUAUGCGGGAAAACGUUCGCGCAGUGCGGCAGCUUCCGAAUGCACGAAAGACGUCACCACAGAGAUAUGUUGGAAAACUUUCAGAAAUGUUUUAUAUGUGGAGCCAGCUUUGGCAGUCUCGAAGAUCUACAAAAACACAUGAUGUGUCACCCAGGGGCACUUAAUUUGAACCUGCCUGGCCUACACCCAGGGCACCUGGGGUUUCCAGGCCCUUUACCCAUGGGGAUGGGUUUCCCGCCCGAUUUUGAUACUAUGAAUAGCAUCAAAGCGGAAAUGAAACCGGAUGUCUCGGAAAUGUCCGAAAUUGAAAGAGCAUUUAAUCUCUUCACAUCGCAGCCUAAAUCCGCGCCAGUUGCCGUCUCAAUUGCUGAACACUUUCAGUUGCCGCCCUUUGCGUCUACCGCCCAUGCCCUUAUUCAGCGUUCACUGUCCCAGGGCAAUGAUCCUAAUACUGCUGUAUCGAUGCUGCUGGCCUCAAAUGGGGGAGAUAACCUGACUGGUUUGAACCUGCUUGGGCAGCCAUUUAGUCGUCCAGGAGUUUUCUCCCCUGCAAAAUUACCCAUAAUGCCCCCAGAAAGACCCCAGUCCAUCACAGUAAGUGAGGCAUUUAAAGAAGAAGUUGAACCAGUCAGCACUACAACACGAAGUAGAAAGUAUUCAUCAGACUCUCACACGUCCAUGUCGCUACCAGACGGGCAACAAAAUGACGGGAAAGAGAAGGGAUCAAAUGACGAUGAUAAUGAUAACUAUAAUGACGGAGAAAACGAUGGUCCCAGUCAGAAAAUGCCGUCAGAAGGUGAAGAGUCAAGUCUCACAGAGUCACGAUCUACGGAAGAUUUUCAGUCAGAUGAUGCCCAGAAUAACGGCAUUUCAGGAGGGAUUAGUCGGAGAAACUUAAACAAGAGAAUGAUCACAUCGUCAAAUAUGCGAAAGCAAAGACGACCAAUGAGAAGACUGAGCACAACCGCAAUAACAGACCAGACUGCCUACCAGCAAAGGUACAAUGAAAAUGGAGAAGAAAUAAAUGAGGAAGAACUUACCAAAGAUCAGCUGAUGGUAUCUUUUCUCUUGUCAAAAGGCGAAGUGUACAAAUGUGAGCAUUGCCACAUAAUCUUCGAAGAUUGUACCCUAUAUCUGCUACACAAUGGCUUUCAUGCCAAUGAUAGGGAUCCCUUCAAGUGCGUCAUCUGCAAAAAGUCCUGCGAGGGGAGAGUCGAGUUCAAUUGCCAUCUAACCAGCCAUAUAAAGUCAUAGACCAAUAUGUUUGGUAUGGUCAGAUGAGCAUUAGGGCAGUGGUUUUUUAAGAAAGGAGCUUUUGGGGGAAUGAAUAAGUUUGUAAAUUGAGUGUUGGAGUGUGGUAAUGAACAACUUCCAUAUUGAUACAGGAAAGCAAUAAGGUGAAAUGCAAUGUUUUUGUUACGUUCUUCACUUAAAAGUGAUGUAAAACUUCGCUUUUCGUAAGAUCUAAUCUUACUUCAAAGAAAUUCAUAACGCUUUCAGCUUUGGAAGAAUUUCUGUUUUUGAAAAAAAAUUAUUGAUACUGUAUUGAAAGAGUUAUUUUGAAGCAUUUAGAAAGGUUAGUAAAGGUGUGAUUUUUAUUCAUACAAUUUUUUUUUUUUCUGAAAUUUCUAUGAGGGUCCAAGAGUGAAAUUUUGUUUACUUUUGAAGCAAAUCUAUGUUAUAUUCAUGGUCCAAAGUUUUUACUUUCAAUGGUAUAGUUAUAAACUAUACUUGUAUAUUUAUUUUUUUCAUGCCAUUACUUUGUCUAAAUGACAUCAUUUGUGUUAUGUAUCGACAACUUUAGCCAUAUGAUAUAUACUGCUGAGCUGAGGCUUGAUAAUAAUCAGGCUAUUUAUUUAUUGUAUUGUGUGUUAUUUACAAAUUUAGGCAACAUGGCUUCUAGAUUGUAGAUAAUGCAGCGUAGAAUGUUUUUUUUAUAAUUCCUGUAGAUUACUUCAAUUUUGUGAGGCUUGUAUUUUCGCCAAUAUUUCCGAUUCCAUCAAAUCGUGAAUUCUAAUUUUCCGAAAAAAAAAAAAAUUAAAUUGUAUAUGGAAUCGGUUUUAUAUAUAAUGGCAUAGAGAUGGCAUAAACGAUUCAGAAGUUUCAAUAACACAAAAAUCACAAGAAAAAAAGCCUCUCAUUGUUGAAGUGGUUUACAGUGUAGAAAUAAUUAAAUCUAAAAUUUAAGGAUAUUUUGCUUAAAAAGUUGUGAAAAUAUUUCUUCAGUUUUAUCAGGGUAAUAUAUGAUUGUGAAAUUUGGAGUAUUAUGUAGAUUGUGAAGCUAGUAUGCCAGUUUUAACCAUAUAAUUGGUGCACUGUUGGUGUUUGUAAGUUAUUAGAAUUUGCAGAUAAUUGUUCAGUAGAUAAUGUGCUAGGCUCAGUGUAAUACAGGGAAAAUAGGAAACUAAUUCAUAUUAUUUUCAGUAUUUCUCCAGUUAAUCUGGCGUGAAUAACUUUGUACUAUAUGUGGUAAAAUUUGGUAUAUGAAAAGACAGACACACAUCCUGUGACAGAUAAAAUAAAAACAGCAAAUUCUAGAAGAAAAAUGACAACAGCAACAACAACAGCAACAACAGAUGAAAGAAAGAGUUGGGAUACUACGUUGAACAUCUGUGAGAUCAUCAAUACACCAGCAUUUAUUAUAACUGGUUGGUAAUAUGAAAGACUGAAAUAUUUACUUGUUAAGUAUACUUACAAUUAGAUCUGCAAAAUCUUUAGAUACAGCAAUUUGCCAAAGACAGCUCUGCAUAUGUUGGUAUUAUCUUUUAAAAAAGAAGUUGUUUGUGUUUGACUGAUGUCAAUCAUGUGAUAAACAUUGACUAUACUGCUGUUAAACUUAAAGCUGACCACACUUUAUGAUUGUAUGGCAUAUCUACAUAUACAUAAAUGAUACAAUAUCUGCCCAUUUUCCGAACUAAAUAUCUCUUAUUUUUAUAUCUACUGGUUUUCCACUCAUAAUGCACUCUGUGUACUGUAACGUAUUUAUUUUCAAAAAAAUGGCCAUGAUAGUUCAUCAUUUUCUUCAAAUGUGAAAUUAUUUUUCACUAUAUUUCAUACAAUAGUGUUCAUUUUAUCGUUUCUGUUUCUUCUACUUUCUUGGAAUGUGAUCUUCAGUUGUGUUCAAAAUUUUCAGUGAUUUGAUGGGAAUAAUGCAUCCCGUUUGUGAAUUUUACUAACAAAUUUAAAAAAAAAGGUAGAAAAUAAUUUAACACCAGUAUCCAAACAAAUUCAAGAAGUCUUAAGACUUUAAUCUAGUUAAACAAUUCUCUUUCUGAGAUAGCUUCCUCCUGUUCAAGAUUGUAUUUAACAAACCAGACGUAUUUUUAGCCAUCUAUAGUUUUAUAUACAAUAUCCUGUUCAGCAUUAUUAUUUAAACAUUUACAUAUACUGCAAAGAUUUAAGCUUUAGUGCCAUAGAAUUGUUUUUCUCUUGUUGCCAUUAUUACAAAAAGUUUUAAAGUUGCCAUACUUACAAAAAGUUGAAAUGUUGCUAUAGUUACCAAAAUAUGUUGCCAUAACUACCAAAAAAAAAUGUUUUGCCAUAAUGACCAAAAUAAAAUGUUCGCCAUAAUGACCUAAGGUUAAUGUGCCAUAAUAUAUAAAUGUGCUAAAAGGCGCUUAUAUGUUUAUAUUAUAUUGUUUGCGAUCACGUUUGACUUUUGGAAUAUGUUAUGUAAUAUCUGCUAAUUGCAUGUAAAACAGUCAAAAGGCAAUAUAAACCAGUCUGAUAAUGAUUAAACUGCUGUUACUAAGAUUACUAAGUGCAACCUACUAAUUAUGUAAAAAAAAUCUUGGUGUAUUUUCUACAAAAAACUGUCUUUAACCAAGGUUUAGUCAGUAAGAAUUUCAAACACACAACUUUUUUUCCAAUGUUAUGUUUGCUAAUGAUAUACAUUUUGUGCUCUUAAAGUUAUGCACCAUUUUGAAUGUUUUCAACCAAGGACAAGAACUGUGACAUCUGCUGUAUGAUCUCAACAUUUAUAAGUGUCUGUGUUUCAACAAUAAUAUGUUCCGCAUACCCUGUUUACUGUACACACUUCUUAAAACAUAACCUGCCCUCUUUUCCCAUAAACCAAAACAGAAAUAGCCUUAAUGCCUGUUUUCUGGACAAUGCAAUGUGCAGGACACACAACACAAUAUUUAACAGUAAAGUUUUUUUAAUAUCAUAUGACAUUUUUAUGCUUUUAUCCAUGGUUUUAGUAUUUUAUUUUAUUUAUACAGCUAAUGGUUGAUUAAUUGAUUGAUUGAUUGAUUGAUUAAUUGAUUGAUUGAUAUCAAUCAUUGAUUGUUUUGUUGGCUGACAAGUGAUUUUUCCUAAAACCGAUAUGUUUUUGUUUUGUUAAAAAUUUUCUAUGACUAAUAAUUGUGUAGUCUUUUACAAAGAUCUGAUCAACAUAAGUGUUAUACACCAUAAUGGUAAUUACGUAUUGGAUGUUAUUUUCCAUGACUUAUUAAUUAAUCUGUGUACUUUUAUUUAAUGUUUGUAAGAAACUGUUUUCUUUCAAGAUUAUCUGCUUUUAAAGUGUUAUUACUUUUAAUAUGAAUUUGGUGCUUAUGACUUUCUUUAUAUGGUUGAAUAUGCAUGGUUCUUUACAUUAUGUUUGUUUUAUUUUGUUUUUUUGAAAUAAUGGUGCAAUCUUUGCUUUUAAAACCACUUUUAAUUCUAAUUGUUAGUAUAUAAACCAGCCAGCUAAAGUGCUUUUAUAUUCACAUCAUGUUUUUUGUCUGUUUAUUCAGAAUUAUGCCUUUUCUCGGAUAAAAUACCAAACCAAGUUACAGAAAUAUCGAUGGCCCCACUUCAAAAUGCUGAAGCUGUAUUUGUUCUGUUUUGAAAUUUUGAUAAAGGCGAGCCCUAUCUUGCUGCAAACUGCUGAGUAAAUAGUUCAAUUAGAAAAUAGUGUUGCAUCAUGUGAUCAAAAUGUCGAGCAAUGAUUGGACAUCUCACAGAGAAAAAAAAUGCCGAACCUUCAGAAAUGGUAACUACAAAAAUUGUAACUACGGCAAAGAAACGUGUGAUCAAAUUACCAAGAUUAAAUACUUAAAAUGUUGCUACUGAAAACAUGUGAUUUUGUAGCUUCGACAUUUGGAAGUGAGGCCUUUGAUAUAUAUAGUAUAUAAAAAAUGGUGCAUUAUGAUUUAACUAAAUCUUGGGUUAGUUAAUGGGAAAUAUUAUUUAUAAAAAAAAUGUUUAUUUAUAAGACAAAGGAAUCGUGAUCAAAACUGGUUGUUAUUUUUAACAUGUUUGUUUUAAAAUGAAAACAAAGUUCUUUUUAGCUUGUAUGUUUUUUUCACUGAAAAGAAGUUGAGGUAUUGUCAAAGAAUUGGUGUCGUUUUAGGUGCUGUUGUGACAAAAAACAUAACAUUGGUCAUGGCUCUGAAAACCUUCAAGAUAUACCAAUGAAACUUAGUACCCAUGUUUCCAGAGACUCAUAUAUGGCAAGACCGAUUUAUCCUACUUAAAAAACUAUCGGGUUAUGCCCAUUUCUUGAUUAGAAAAUAACAGAGGAGCUUUGGUGUUUGCUGAGGGCCACUCUUAUUUUAAAUAUCUAUAAUUUGCAAUAUUAAGGCUUGUGUUGUUUUGUAUAUAGCAUUUAUGCUGGUGCAUUAACUAUUAUAGCAUAUAACCGCCGUCCCGAUUGAAAUGUCUCAUUUAUGUGUGAAAUAUUUUUUAUAAAUCCUGUUUUAAAAUGUACAGAAUGGCACAUCUUUGUUAAGAUCUUUUUUAUCCAUUUUUGUUUUGAUGCAAUUCGCUGAAAUUUGUCUGGUUUUAUAAACUGUUGAGAUAUAAUUCAAGCCUUCUUGUACUUCGGCUUUUUUUAAUACUUAUCUAAAAAUACUAAUUGAUAAGCAAUUUAUUUGAUGUGUAUACUCUUUAAUUCAAAUUAUUAUUAUUUAAAUUAUUGUUAACAAAAAUAAGUAAUAUUUUCUGAGUUUACAUAUAAGUCUCAUGUUUUUCCAGUUAAAAAAAAUCUCUGACUGUGACUAUAAGUAUAUAUCGUAUUAUAUUCUAAUUAGGAUUUAACAAUGAUCAAGUAUUGUUGAAAAUCAAACUUAUACAAUUAUCGUUUUGUGGCAGUAUUUUCUAAAAAUAGACACAUACAAUUUAAGUUAAAGCACUUUAUAAACUUUUUAGUUUGAUUACAUUAUUGAAAAAUUGAAAUUGCUUUACCAAAUUUUUCCAAUGUUCAGUAAUGAUUUUUAGACUGGUUUUCAAUCCCGUAUUCUUUUGUUAUGCUAUCUUUCAUCACCAAAAGCAAAUCAUAUUAACUGCCUCAAAAUGUUAAAGGAGUUGAAACAGUUUUGCUUGUAGUACUCAGAAAUCAUUUAUCUACUUGUUAGGGGCCAAAGAUUCUGAAUUGUGUGUUUCUUGAAGUGUGUUCAUUCGCAUAUCAAAUAAUUUGCAAAACAUUUUAACAUAGAGGAAAAACAUCAAUAUUUUUCUAUUCUUGCAUGAAAUAAUUAUAUUCUCACAAUCUUAAAAUGUAAUAAGGAAUUUGUAAAGAUGUGAUUAUAUGUAAAGGCUUAAUCCAUAAUUGUGUCAAAAAAUUUAUUUAAUUCUUAAAAAACUGUGCAACAAUGCGAAAAUAAUGGUUUGAAAUUGUCUUAUUUUUACAGAAAUAUUAAAAUAAAUGUAGGAACUUUUCAUUCUGCAAAAAGGAAAUAAUCUUUGAAGUAUAGAAUAUAGUCUAUAAUAACUGAUCAAAAGGGCUUUGGAAGGAUCUUAAAUUUAAAAAAAAUAAUGUACCUUUGAAAAUUUUAUACAUGUAUCCGGCUGUAAAUUUUGUGAGAAUAUUUAGAGGUUUGACGGCAAAACGGCAUAAAUCUCAUGAAAAUAUUGUGGAGAUAGUGCAGUUUUGUUUUCACGUCUCAUAUCGGUGUUGUGCUCUGUCAUCAGUAUUAAAAUACAGUUGUAAUUAAGUAGCGUAGUUGUAUUACAUACAUAAUAUACAUUGGAUGCAUGAACGAUUUAUCUCUUAUUGCGUGUUCAUAAGAGAUAAUACAUUGUUCUGCGGAAAUGCAUGAUAAAUAUGUGUAUGAUAGUUAUUAUUUUUUGAUGAUUAGUUUUUGAAAAAUAUAAUUUAAGAUUAUAUAUGAAACAAUACAAUAUGAUUAUGCACUGUUGUGAUUUCUGUGUGUAAAUAUGCCUGGUUACUUUGUAAAAGCCUUGAAGAAACACCGUAAAUAAGGUAACAUAUGACCUUCUUUAAGAAAUCCUUCUCAUAUUAAACAUAUUUUUGUGCUUUCUCUUUAAAAUGGACAUAGCUAGAGCUAUUCCAUGUUCUUGCCGCUGAAAGUACAUCUUGAUUACGUUACCGGUCAUAUUUACACAUAGAAUGUUGUUAUAUUAUAUUAAUACAUAAAACUAUUCGUGCUAUGUUGUUUUAGACUGUAGAAGCAGUAGAUAGCUUAUAUUUGCCAUGAUUAUGCUGCGGCAUUUGUCUCUAAAAUUUCUGGACUGGUUUCUUAAUUUUUCAGACUGGUCUCUUAAUUUUAGACUGGUUCCCAAAGUUUUUUACAUGUCUCCAAAUGUUCUGACUGGUUUUUAUUCUUCAUAUGCAAUGUCUAUUUUUUUACUGAAAGUCAUGACAUUUGGUCUCCUUGGUGCAGGUUUAUUAUUAUUAUUACAGCAUUCUCAUUUUUAGCUUGUCGUUUUUUUAAAGUAAAUAAUUGAGGUAUUGACAUAGCAUUCGGCCUUUAAGCGUCAUUUUCGACGUUAUGUUGAACCUUGACCCUUAACUCUAUUUAAAUCUAUAUCUAAUUUGGUACACAUGAUAAUACACACAUGUACAUCAAUGUCAGUAACUCUGGCUUAAAUAACUGUAAACUCAAGUAAAGCAUUUAUUGAAGGCAUUUAAAACAGUACAGUGUUUAUGUUUAGUCUGCGGAGCACUUGUUACCUUACACAAAAUUUAUCAAAAUAGCGUCCCUUGUAUGCCUUAGACAUAGAACAGUUACUAGCAUUGAAUUUUUCUCUAAAAGGGUUGACACCAAGAACCUUCAGAAUGUAUAGUGGUUUAAUACCUACUGGGAGUAACCCCACACUUUAUUGUUAAAUUAAACCCUUCUGUAAGUGACCUUUCCCCUCAAUUGUGGGUAUUACACUUAAUUGUCUAUGGUUCUAAUUUCAAUGCCUUCUAGUGUCUGUUAUCAUUGACCAGAUCUCAUGAUAAUUGAAUAUUGAUCAGUCAACAUAUGAUAGGUGAAACAUUGUUUGUAUGUGACUUGAGUAUUUUACAUUAGGAUAAGUUAACUGUGACUUUCAGAGCCAAAGAAUUUGUUAUGUUAUAACCUGCCUAUUUAAGUAUUACGUGUAGUUAAUAAUUUUAGGGCUCAAUGCAAGAUGGUUGUGACUCUGCGUAAAAUUAAAAGGAGUUAGAUCGUUCUUGCGUGCUAAGCCCUCUAUUUAUGUUGAUAAGUUAGAACAAAUUGAUUUUCUGAAAUAUUCAUAUGAUUUUAUAUUUUGUACAUUUUCUGCUUUGCUAUGAGCUUUUGCUUAUUUUUGUUCUUUUAAAUUGUCGUUUAUAAGUUGUCCCGAUUAAGUAUAGAUCUGAUUUUAUUUAAUUGCAAUAAUAUGGAAGUCUUGAUAUAACACUAAAUGUUCUUUCAAUUUUUUUUUUUUUAAGAUUCAUAUAAGAAAUUUUUAUUUCAGUAAAUGUUGAACUUUUUUUUAUUCUUAUGAAAAUCACAGUAAAAAAUAUCAAUUCUUCUGUUAAAAAUCAUUGUAAAAAAAUCGAACUUUUUCGGCAGAUAGUUAAUCGAGCUCAGAUUUAUUUUUCUUCAAAAUAUCACAGUUAAAAUCGAGCUCAUUGUGAUUUCUUCCUAAUAUUACAACAAGAUCGAGCUCCUGUUGUUAGAAAAGAUCAAGUCCAUUUUUUUUAGUUUUGAGGCAUUCGAUCCAUUGUCACCCGAAGACAUGUUGUUUUCUAUAGCAUUUUGGAAAACAAAAAGACAUAGGUUGUAUAAGACUUCCAUUGUUUUCUGUUUGUCCAUGCCAUUGAAACUGCACUCUCACAGAUUUACUGUUUUGACAAUAAAAAAAUUGUUGUCUUGGAAUAAAAAAAUUGUUGUCUUGGAAUGAGCAAAUUUUUGCUUCAUUAUCUGAAAACCAGUGAUAUAAGACUGCUGACAAAAGAUCAAAUUACAGUUUUUCAUAUUUAUGUUCAAACUUAAAGUUUUAUGGCUUGAAGCCUUACUAACGCAUGAAAAAAAUUGCAUAAAACAUCAAUUUUUGAACAUAAAUAUGAAAAACUGUGAUGAUAUUUUGUCAGCAGUCUUAUGUCACUGGUUUCAAUGCAUUUUUGCAAAAAAUAGCUCAUUCUAAAGCAAGAAAUAAAAAAAAAUUGUCAAAACGUUCAAUCCGUGAAAUUGCAGCUUUAACAUUGCACCCCAUUUUGGUUUGUCAUUUUUGUUGCACCAUUGUUGUGAAAACAACUGUUCAAAAUUUGUUUUGUUUCUUCAAAAGAACUAUUAAAUACUGCAUUUGAUUUAUUUGUUCAUGCGUUUUUUUUUGUGUUAUUUUUGAUAGACUUUCUGCACUUGUUUUCGCUUUUUUAUGCACUGUUAUAUUUAUUUGACUUUACAGUAUUCUUUGUCACAUAUUUGGCUAUACAUUAUGUCACAAUGAGUUUUUUUUGUGAAAAACUGAAAAGGGAUUUUCAUAUAUACAAAGAGGUGUUUGUUACAUGCACAAAGGUGUUUUUGCUGUUUUGAAUUUAAUAGAAGUCAUUUUGCUUUAUGAAACUUUCAAUUAUGUAAUUCUCUUUAUGUUUUGUUGUAUUCACUUUUUAAUCUCAAACACUCCUUGAUAUGUUGCAAAAUGAUUAUUUUUGUUUCUGCAUUGGAGAGUAGAAGUCAAACUGUUCUAAGUGCCAUAAGAUAAAGAAGCAGUUGGAACUUUUUCACUUGUACUACUCCGUAUACUUUUGGUAGAUGUUUAGUUGAGGGUUUCGGAGGGUGGUGCUUGCGCUUUAUCCAUUACAAUACAUGGAAAUCAAUAAUAUCAGAUGGGCUAUGCAAUUAAGCCUAAUAACUUUUACCUGCCUUAACAGAGUCUGUAUCAAAGAAGACACUCGCACUGCUUGCAUAUCCACAUUAUGGCCCAGUAGUGCGUUACUUGAUUUCGUUUAAAUGCUUUGGCCGUGAAAUUUUGACGGCGUGAAAUUACUGAUUUCCAUGUGUCAAAUUUUUACAUGACUUGAAACUCCUGUUUCUAUCCUUCGUGCAGUUUGGUGCUAUACUUUAUCGCUGUUUUGUUUUCUUUCUUAUUCUCAUUUUCUUCAUGUUUAAUCCCAUUUGAAAUAAUUAUGUUUUAAAAACUCUACAAAAAUGUACACAUGUGAUUCAAUUUCAUAGCAAUAUUUGUCAUUGUGAACAUAUUUUCUCAUAGAAAUCGUGCUUGUUAUUUCGUCUUAUUUUGUCACAUCGUUGUUUACAUAAGUUUACUUUUAACAGGGUUUCAACCCUUCUUGUUUUGUUUCUAUGCUACGGCGAUAGAUUUUCAAACGGUUCAGAUCAGAUCUUGAAACACGUCCGAGCUCUCUACAAUAAGAAAGGGGUCAUUCUUAAGUUACUGAUGGUAAAAAUAAUAUCAUAACAUAUUUUAACUGCAUUAUUACCUAUUAAGAAUCGACUUGCCGCUUAAGAUGAGACCAGUGUAUCGUAUGCUGAAACUGAUAGUCAAAAUAAUACAGUCUUGUGACUGUGUGCGUGAAAGUCUUGGCCAGCCAUCAGCUAUACACACUAUUUACAUGUUUAGGGAACAAAUGCAUUUGUUAAUAUUCACACAAUUCCUAUAAUUCAUAACCAUUCUUGUAAAGAUAGAAAGUCUGGACAUUUGACAAUGUAAUAUUUUGUAUAAAAAAAGUGUUUAAUGGCUAUCAAUUACACUUAUUUACAUUUAAAUCUUAUUCCUAAGUUUAUUUAGUUAUGAACUUUAUCUCUCGUUUUACCAGUUCUUGCGACACAAAUGAUCCAUUUACUGUAUUUUGAUUUUUAACCAAAGAUUUUAUGUAAAGCAAAAGACACAUGGCAAAUAUUGUGAUAGAAUAUAUAUCAGUUUAUGUUUGUUCUUUUAAUUUAUGUGUUAUCAACCGGAAUCUCAAAUUUUAUUUCUUUUAAUUAUUUUAUAAAAAGGUGAUAAAGUGUAUUUUUGUAUAACAAACUCUGCUGAUAACAGAUCAGACUGAUUUUAACAUAACAUCUGAAUUUCAAUGAUCAUAUUGUUACAUUUUUCUUUGAAGGCAUUUGUGCUAUAUAUUAAAAUAUAUAUAUACAAAGUCAUUUUCUUAUUUAUUAUGUCAAAGUCUUAACAGCAUUUGAAAUGAUAGUAUUUAGAAAUUAUGUUGUUCAUUAUUAUUAUGUUAACUUAUGGUUUAUCGAUGGUAGCUGGGCUUUAGAAUGUACCUUCAGUUGACUUUUCAAAUGCCAAACACAAGCCAUCUAAUAUUGCAUAUGGAACAGAAGUAUGGGGAUUUUCAAAUUCGACGUAUUUGGAAAAGAUUCACUUUUUUCAAAUUCAUUGUUAAGACGAAUCGGAAACGAAACAUUUUUGGGGGAGGUUCUUAGUUGGAUUAUAAAGUGACAUGUAAUUCAUUAAAAUCCACUCUUAAUAGGCAUAUGAAUUAAAUUUGACCCCAGUUCAUCAGAUGAUUGUAUAUAUAUGUAUUAGCAUGUAAUAUAAUCUGGAUGUUGUAAGGAUAAUAUGGUAAACUAGAGGCACUGACACAUAAUCUGCUAGAUAUGAAUAAUGCAGCUUGUCAUCUUUCCAGAAUCUAUUUAUAUACUUUUUCAAACUCAAGGUUCAUGAUAAGCCCAGUUUCCAACUUGACCAUUUAUACUGCUGUAAUGUUAUAUACAUUCAUUGAUGUCAUGUAAACAUACUGCGAUAGUUGAUACUUGUUACAUAGCAAGAAUAGUCGGCCUUUGGGAGGAUAGGAGAUAAAUGCAUAUACUUGAGAUAAAUGCUUAUUCUUGAGAUAAAUGGUAAUACUUGAGAUAAAUUGUAAUACUUCUUUUUUGACUUCUGGGCUUGUUCCUGUAGUUUUCAUUCUAUAAUGGAGAUAAAUGAUAAGACUUGAGAUAUAUGAUAAGACUUUCACAUUCAUUUUGCAAGAGAAAAAAAGAACAUGAAAAUCAUCUAGUUAACUAUGAAUGUUACAACUCAAGGUUAAGGAAUAUUUUUCUUUUAACUGAAACUUGCAAUUAAUAUUUAAUUUUGCUUGACUUUGUAUUUAUAGGUAAUUCAAAGAUAUGACUUAUGUGCAUUGAAGUAAACCAGUGUUGAAAUUAAAACUAUGUGGUGUUGUAUCUCUUUAUAUGAUGGAAGAAACUGAGGAAAGUGGAGGCCGACUAACCUUGCUAUACAUAAACUAUUGUGUGCUUUCUUCGCUCUGUGCUAUUGGAAUUAUUUAGAGAACAAUAAAAGCUUUGAAUGGGA